AUGUCUCUCCGGCGGCUCUCCAACGCCUCGCGAUCACUCUCCGCUAACUCGCUCAAGGAUAGGCUGAACAUGCUUACUACCGCGCCCAUCGUUCCAAAAGUUGCAACCGCCUUGCAGGCAAAUAUUGACUUCGUGCCUGCCCGUAUACCCAGAAAACGUCGCCUACAGACCCUUGCCGUUGCCCUCUGGUCCAUAGCCAUUCCGAUUUGUGCAACCUUGUUCUUGUACCUGUGCUCGUUCCCUCCAUUAUGGCCUCUCAUCCUCGUCUAUCACGUUUGGGUGAACUAUAUCGACAAUGGCCCGGAAAACGGCACCCGGAGUAGUCAAUGGUUCCGCUCCCUGAAGAUGUGGACCUAUUUUGCGGACUACUACCCUGCUUCGUAUGGUUUUCACCGUACUUUUAUCUUUGCUUGGCUAACCGCGUUAUUAUCUAUAGCUUUCUCAAGGCGCGAAGCCGACCUUCCACCCGACCGACCCUAUGUGUUUGGCUACCACCCACACGGUAUCAUUGGAAUGGGUGCGCUUGCGACUUUUGCGACAGAAGCGACGGGGUUUUCGACAGCGUUUCCUGGUAUCCGACCGCAUCUGCUCACUCUCGCCAGCAACUUCCACAUUCCAUUAUACCGUGACAUGUUGCUUGCUAUGGGCAUCUGUAGCGUCAGUAAAAGGUCUUGCUCCACUAUUCUUCGAGCAGGUCCUGGCUCAGCCAUCACCAUUGUCGUCGGUGGGGCGACAGAAAGUUUGAGCGCCCACCCAGGAACUGCAGAUCUGACUCUAAGGCGGCGCCUUGGCUUCAUUAAGCUUGCUAUUCGUCAUGGCGCAGACCUGGUUCCUGUCUUUUCUUUUGGCGAAAACGACAUCUACGAGCAAAUGCCGAAUGAACCUGGGACGACCAUCUACAAACUGCAGCAAAAGUUCAAGUCCGUUUUUGGAUUCACCCUACCUCUCUUCCAUGGCCGUGGUCUGCUUAAUUACAAUCUUGGUUUGAUGCCAUACCGACGGCAGAUAGUACCCGUCAUCGGUCGACCGAUCCCUGUCAUACGGAGCGAAAAUCCAACACUCGAGGAAGUGAUGUCCGUGCAGAAGCUCUACAUCGAAGAGCUAGAACGCAUAUGGAACACUUACAAAGACGUGUUCGCCAAACAGCGCACCCGCGAGUUAACACUGAUUGCUUGA